GCAAAGCUCUUAUUUAUUUGUUUAUUUAUUUUGGAAACAAGAGCAGGUGUAGAAUUAGUAUAUGAAUCAAAAUGGAUUAGUUAUGCUUUGCCACUUCUACUCAUCUUCUACAAACUAUUCUAGAUUUCUUUCUUUUGUUUUUUUCUCUCCCUUUUGAGCCACCAUUUGUUCUCAUUUGAUCAAUUAUGUCACCCUUUGGCGGCAACAACAACGGUACCAAUAUGGGUUCCCCUUUUCUCCAUGAACUCAAGAAGCAAACAUCUUUCUUCUUCAAGGAGAAGAUCAAGACUGCCCGAUUGGCUCUCACCGAUGUCACUCCCGCUCAACUAUUGGCUGAGGAAGCUACAAAUGGAAAUUCAUGGUCCCCGGAUGCACGGACUCUCAAGACGAUAUCCAAAGCUGCUUUUGAAGUAGAUGAUUAUUGGAGAAUUGUGGAGAUUCUACACAAGAGAUUGGGUAGGUUUGACACGAAGAAUUGGAGGUUUUCAUACAAGGCUCUGAUUGUGCUUGAAUACUUGUUGACCCAUGGACCAGAGAGUGUUGCAGAGGAGUUUCAGAGUGACAAAGAUGUCAUCUGCGAGAUGGGAAGCUUUCACUAUAUUGAUGAGAAAGGAUUCAAUUGGGGACUUAAUGUUAGAAAGAAAUCUGAGAGGAUACUGAAGCUGCUUGAAAAAGGGUCUGUUCUCAAACAAGAAAGGGAUAAAGCAAGGAAACUAAGUAGAGGGAUUGAAGGGUUUGGGAGCUUCUCGGAGAGAUCUUCUUCAGCACAGAGAAUUCUUACUGAAUCAGAGAGACUUGGAUAUGGAAGGUGUCAUUCUGAAUCUACUAGUCAAGGAACUCAGGAUGAUUGGUUUUCAUUCUCGAAGGACAAAGGUCCAUCCGAAUCAGAGCAUGAAAUAUCUCAGCAGACUCAUUUGGAAAAUGUGAAUUUGGUGUCCAUCAAGAAAAUGGAGAACUCCAACUCUGUGGGUAGUUUUAGUGAUGAUGAGGUACUUGAAAAGUUUGGUGCUAGAAUGAGUUUCAAACAAAAUUUGGCUCCCGAAAAGGAAGUUAUGACCGCGGCGGCCGGGGAGUCGCUACCACUUUUGGGUGGCGGUCAGAAAGAUGAUCCCGGCAUUGGUAUGCCCACAGAAGAUCACCCCUUUAGUGAAACUGAGCAUAAAACUACUGUUUCACUGCUUUCAAGUAUGGACCAGAUGUUGCAAGCAUGUUGAAGAUUAGGUCCGUGUAGAAUUGAGUGAAGUAGACACCUUGCCUGCAGACUUGUUUUCUUACAUGUAUUGAGAGGUUGAGGUUCAUUGAAUGAAGUAUACACCUUGCCUGUAAACUUGUUUUCUUACAUGUAUCUUUCAGUUGACUGAUUGAGGUUU